AUGUCGGCUAUUCGCUCCGACACGCCCGUGGAUGGUGUUGUUUCGGUCUCAGGUCACGAUGCCUUCGAUGAAAAGACCACGAUCAAUGUGACCACCAAAGAUGAUCACCAAGUCACAACUACCUCCUUCGGAUCUGGAGAGUAUGGCGGCGAGGAUGAUCGUGAUAGUGACGACGUGAUUAUCGUCGAUGGUGCUGAUGCCUCGAAUCACUUGCUUCCCAUGCGAGAUGAUGGUGACCCAGCGUUGACAUUUCGAAGUCUGGUCUUGGCCUCGGGUCUCUCCUGCUUCCAGGCGGUCAUGUACCAGAUUUAUAUGUUCAAACCAACCCUCAUCACUAUCCAAGGAACUUUCAUCGUCCUCAUUUCAUACUUUAUUGGCAGAGCCUGGGCCAAGUUCCUCCCCCGUGGAGAUAAAUUCGAGGCUCGAUGGAGAGCACAGGGUGGCCAAGGCAAGCUUCCCUUAUAUAUUACGAUUCUCAAAUUCAUCAACAAUGGGCCAUGGACAUUGAAGGAACAUGCGAUUUGCUCCAUCACGGCCACUAGUGCUUCGAGCGCCGCCGCAAGCUCAGAGGUGUUCGCAGCACAAGAGCUCUUUUACAACAUGUCGCUGACUCCGACAACUGUCAUCUUGAGCACCAUCUCUAUCGGCCUGUUCGGUUACGGAAUUUGUGGAAUGAUGCGUCCUAUUGCGGUCUGGCACGUUGAUGCCGUCUACUGGAGUACCUUGCCUACCGUGAAAGUUCUCCAAGGACUCCAUUGGCAGGACUUGAAGAAUUCGAAACCCUUGAGAUACUUUUGGUAUGCUUUUACCGGCAUGGCUCUCUAUGAAAUCUUCCCUGCCUACAUUUUUGUCUGGCUGAACUCUGUCUCCAUCCCGUGUCUGGCUGCCAUGAAGGCUACUGGCAAUAAGGCUGCUGUCCUUACGAAUCUGUUUGGUGGAGCCUCGAAUAACGAGGGCCUGGGUCUUUUUAGUUUCUCUUUCGACUGGCAAUAUAUCACCUCAUUCCAAACCGCCCUUCCUCUUACGCUCCAAGCUCACCAAGCCGCUGGCUUCGUUGCUUGCUUUAUUGCCAUGCUGGGUAUUUACUACGGAAACGGUUGGGGCUCGAAGUCGCUCCCCUUCAUGUCGACAAAGCUGCUUCUGAAUAAUGGAACUUCGUAUCCAGUCAAUGACGUUUUUGUCGGCGGAGUUCUCGAUGAAGCAGCUUUGUUCAAGUACGGCUUGCCGAAAUUAAGUGGCACCUUUGCGUUUGCUAUGUUCAUGGCUAAUGCUGCCAUCGGUGCUCUUCUUGUGCACUGCUUCCUCUUCUGGGGCAAGGACAUCUACAAAGCGUUCAAGAGCGCUAAGGAAGGUCGAUAUGACGAUCGCCACCACGAACACAUGGCUAAGCACUACAAAGAAGCGCCUUGGUGGUGGUAUGUAGUCGUUCUUGUCGUCAGUUUCGUCUUGGGUCUUAUUGUUGUCCUUAAAGAGGACAUUUCACUCCCAGCCUGGGCAUAUGUUGUCUCCUUGGCGGUUGGAAUUAUCAUAUCUCCUUUUAGUACUAUAUUGUACUCUCGCUACGGAAAUGGCAUUGCAACCAAUAACCUAUCGAAAAUGUUGGCGGGCCUUAUGAUCCCUGGACGCCCAGUUGGCAAUAUGUACUUUGCUGCUUGGUCGCACAACGUCAUCUCUAAUGCCUCAAAAUCCCCCCCGCGGGUCAUGUUCCUGACUCAGAUCUGGGGCACCAUUCUUGGCGGAUUCAUCAACUACGCUGUGAUGAUUUCAAUCGUCAGAGGAAACAAAGAGGUUCUCGAGUCUUCGAAUGGUAGUAACUCUUGGAGUGGUGCCACGCUGCAAGCCUAUAACACGAACGCAACCUCUUGGGCGCUGGCUUCCUAUCUUUACAAGAUGGGCGGCCAGUACUGGAUGAUACCUAUUGGUAUUGCCAUUGGGGCUGUUUCUGUUAUCGUCCAUCGCAUCUUCUACCAUUUUGUCCCCAAAAUCCGCGGGUUCGACGUUGCCGAUAUCAACAUGCCCCAGUUCAUUCAAUAUGCUGGCUACAUCCCUUACAACCAGAGUCAGACCUGUGUCCUCUUUAGCUGGGUCUUCGCCGGUUUCUAUGUCCAGUACUACCUCCGCAACUACCGUCCUCGUAUCUUCAAGGACUAUUCAUACUUGGUCACCGGUGCCUUUGAUGGCGCGAGUCUGACUGUAUUGUUUAUUCUCUCCUUUGCGGUAUUCGGUGCUGGAGGACCUGCCCACGCCUUCCCUUCGUGGUGGGGUAAUAACUCCAAUGGGAACUUUGAUCUCUGUCCGGUGUCUGAUUAG